GAAUUUUUACCAAGACGAAAGCGUGGUCAAAUUUCUCACUUUUGUGUUUAGAUGGGUUCCCGCUCAGAAUCAAGCUCCUCCAAUCCUCCGAUUCCGGCGCCGGUGCCGGAGAAGGAAUGGGGAGAAAAGGUAUCAGAGGCGGUGAUAUCAGUCUACAAGUCCAUCCCAAAGAAAGGAAAGCCUCAGGGCCGCGAAGUUACCGUUUUGGCCGCCUUCCUCGUCUCCUCUCCUUCUCAAGAAUUGCAAGUGGUUUCGCUGGGAACGGGGACGAAAUGUAUUGGACGUUCACUUUUGAGUCCCCGGGGUGACAUUGUACACGAUUCGCACGCUGAGAUAAUAGCUCGAAGAGCUUUAUUGAGGUACUUCUAUGAAGAGAUUCAAAGUCUAACGAACACCAGCCACAAACUCCAAUGUAGUAAUUGCAACACACCAUUGGAAGGCGAUGAUGUUGUGAACUCAAUUUUUUGUUUGGACCCAGAACGCCAUGGCCAAGGAAAAUACAUAAUAAGGUCAGGUUGGAAGCUGCAUUUAUACAUAUCACAGUUACCAUGCGGGGAUGCCUCUAUCUGUUCACAGUUGUCUCCUUUGCUACAUACCUCCUUAAAAGAAGGGGUUUCGCCAUCGUUGAGGAGUAAAUUUGAUGGUUCGGAUGAUUUUUUUGAGGCUUCAACGAGGAUGAAUGGUAACGGUGAUCGUGCAAAAGUCAUUGGCAUGGUUCAAAGGAAGCCUGGUCGUGGAGAUACAACUCUAUCAGUGAGCUGCUCUGAUAAGAUUGCCCGUUGGAAUGUUGUUGGAGUACAAGGAGCUUUGCUGUCUUACUUCCUGCAACCAGUUUACCUUUCUUCCAUUACUGUGGGGCAAAUCCAUUAUACAUCUGAACCUAUGCCAAUAGUAGACUACUUGGGUAGAGCUCUAUACGAGCGGAUCCAACCUCUGUCAACGCAACUAAGGAGUCCUUUUCAAGUGAACAAGCCACUAUUUUACGAGGCUCCAAUACCGCCAAAGGAUUUUCAGCAUUCUGAGACUGCUGUGACCACUUUAACAUGUGGAUAUUCUCUAUGCUGGAACAAGUCUGGCUUGCUUGAAGUCAUUCUUGGAACUACUGGCAGAAAGCAAGGCACCUCUGCAAAAGGGGCAAUGUAUCCUUCUACGGAAUCAUCUUUAUGCAAAACCGUCAUUAUCAAAUCACAGGAAGCGAUUGUUGGAGUUAUUUUGGUCACUGAAGCAUGAAUUUUCAGCAGAGUGCCCAAUGCAUGUGGUUUCUUAUAAAGAAAUGAAGGAAAGUGCUAAAGAGUACUGUUCAACUUCAAAAAAUUUCAAAGAAA